AGAGAGAGAGAGAGAGUGAAUAGGGUUGGGGUUUUUAUUUUUAUUUUUUUGAAAUGUGGUGAAGAUGAACGAGAACAAGCUCCAAAUCUUCGGCUCUUUACCCGCAUAGUUGUGAAGAGGAAGCGAUAAGGAAGUAAUUGGGGAAGCAUGAACCUUUUGGCAUAUUCAUAGGGAGAGUAGUUUAGAAAAUUCUAUUUUGCAUGAAGUCCUUGCAUGUACAGAUUUGAAGAAUGUGGAUAUCGAACUCGUUGUCAUGACUCAUGGCCAGAGAUGAAGACUCUUCACCCUUGGAGAUGAAAAUUUUCUCGGAUCAAAAUUCUGAAGAACUGCCACAGUAUGUAAAUAUCAGUCAAAAUGAUUUCUCAUAUAGAAAACAUAGGAAGCAGAAGGAAGAGGAUUUUGCUAUAUGUGAAUGCAAAUAUGAUAUAAAUAAUCCAGACAGUGCAUGCGGAGAAAGGUGCUUGAAUGUACUAACCAGCACAGAGUGCACACCUGGCUUUUGUCCUUGUGGUGCCGAUUGCAAAAAUCAGAGAUUUCAGAAAUGUCAAUAUGCGAAGACAAAGUUGUUUAAAACUGAAGGCCGUGGAUGGGGUCUUUUAGCCGAUGAGAAUAUAAAGGCAGGAAAAUUUAUUAUUGAAUACUGUGGAGAAGUUAUAUCGUGGAAAGAAGCAAAGAGAAGAUCUCAAGCCUAUGAAAUUCAAGGUCUCAAGGAUGCAUUUAUCAUUUCUCUCAAUGCCUCGGAAUCCAUUGAUGCCACUAAAAAGGGAAGCCUUGCUAGGUUUAUAAAUCAUUCAUGCCAACCAAAUUGUGAGACGAGGAAGUGGAAUGUGUUGGGUGAAAUUAGGGUUGGGAUAUUUGCAAAGCAAGAUAUACCUAUUGGAACCGAAUUGGGAUAUGACUACAACUUUGAAUGGUAUGGUGGAGCCAAGGUACGUUGCCUGUGUGGUGCAACCAGCUGUUCUGGAUUUCUGGGGGCUAAAUCCCGUGGUUUUCAGGAGGAUACUUACUUAUGGGAAGAUGAUGAUGACAGGUACUCAGUUGAGAAAAUUCCACUGUAUGAUUCUGCUGAGGAUGAACCUUCCACUAGGCUCUUAAAAUGUUUGGGCUCAAAUCCUGAAUUUAACAUUGAUGGGAUGCUAAUGGAUGUGAAAGUGGGUUCUGCGCAACAGUUGUUAUCUACUUCUUUUGUUGUUCAGUCACUUGAAUCAGUUCCAAUGGAGGGGAUACUCAUCAACGAACUAAAAGCUGAAGUGAAUGACAGUAAAAUGUAUCCACAGGAUACUCAACAGACCUUUUCACAAAAGAAUGCAAUGAUAUCCCGUAUCCGAAGUAAUACUGCUGGAUCCAUUUCCAAGAAAAGGUCAAAACAGUAUUCUAAUGGAAAGUUUAAAAAUGUAGUACAAAAGCAGGUGGACGUAAAGGCUGCUGCUUUACUAUUGUCAUCGAAAGAAGCACAGGAGGAAGUUUUAAGAUAUGAGGAACUGAAGAAUGAUGCUGCCUCUCAUCUCAAAUCAUUAUACGAUGAGAUUAGACCUGCCAUUGAAGAACAUGAAAGGGACAGCCAAGACAGUGUGGCUACAAGUGUUGCAGAGAAGUGGAUAGAAGCCUGCUGCUUGAAACUGAAGGCAGAAUUUGACCUUCAUUCUUCCAUUAUCAAAAAUAUUGCAUGCACCCCUGGAACGAGCUGUGGCCAAGCGAAACCCUCUGUCGACGACAAUGAAACUGAUAUAAAAUUCUUGACCAAUUGAUUUUUCUUCAACAGGUAAUUCAUUUUCUUAGAAAUAUGGAGCCUUAGAAUGUGUAGAUUGAAGAGACAAAGAAAGGGGGGGAAAAAAAGAAAAAAAGAAAAAAAGUAGAUCACUAAACUUUAAUUGGUUAGACGUUAGACUUAGAAUUGAUGCCAAUUUUACUGGUUUACUUUAGGGUGGGUGCACAUGGGAACUUUUGUCCUAUAGUUCUUACAUUUUCAUAUUAAGGUACACAUCGUAUAUUUGCAAUGUCUUAAAAACAAUAAAAUAAGCGUAUUAGCGGGUCCCAAGCAAAAGUUUUGAGAGUUAAUCCCCCUUUCCAAUGUAAAAGUGGUCACCUAUAGUUGUGAUUGAUGAAGAAUUUGAUAGCAUAUCCAUCAUUAUUAUCUAAACCUCCUUGUAACAUUUUGUUAUUUUAAGAAGUGUUUUUAGAUUCAGUUGUAGAGAUUCUGUUAUCUACUAAAUUCUAUGAAGCUUACAUUUAUGGAGGGAGUGGAAUGGCCUGGUCGUCGAACUUUCAAACCGUAAGGCCAGUAGGCCAGUCAUGUACUAGCCUGCUAAAGCAAACCGUGUGGGUCCACUUCAUGUCUCCAGUUGCAUCCAUUUUCUUUUCAUAUGUUGCUUUUUUCAAUCAAGCUGUUUUUGUUCCUGUUUUCAAA